AUGACAACACCUCAUUCAGGUGAACAUAGCCGACCCAGACCAACAACCACACGUGGCGAAAGUCCUAGUCCGCGGCAACGACCCAUCACUCCACGCCUAGUGUCGCGAUCGGGGCCGCAAUCCCCCGCACGAUCUCCCACCAUUUCUCUGGAAUUCAGUGUGCCGUCGCCCUCUGUUAUCCGUAAACGAUCGACACUGGAUCAAGUUCCAAUGUUGCAAAAGAAGUCGAGCAACCAAAGUUUUUCAUCGUUUCUCACCGAAGAUUCCAACGUCGAUGAGACCCCUUGGACGCGUACGCAGUGGAAAGCAUUGGAGAAUUGGUACGAUAAAAUGAACCGUGAUGUCGAUCGGACAGUAGCCAUGUUUUACCGUCAUGAAGCAUUGCGAACCGUGGAAGAGAAUGGUCAAGUACCACCUAUUGAACUCUGGACAAAAGACAAGAUCUUGUGGCGUUGCCAAUGUCUGGAUACCAAUACCAAAUUCCACGGCGGUCUUUUGCCGAGCGAACGAAAACGAUUAAAGAAACGAAAACUGGAAGUGGAGAAGCCCAUCCAGGUGAAACGGACGAAAAAACUUUGA